CUCUGAGCCCCCCAAAAGUCGGGAGACCCCAAAGGCCAUGUCAGGGGACUACGAGGAGGACGUUUGCCGCAGCGCCCUGCGCCUGGUGCACGAGCUCUGCUUCGCCCCCCGCGCCCGCCCGCCCCACGCCCGCUGCCUGGAGUUCACCGACCUGCUCCGGCACCGCGGGCACCCGCGGCCGGCCGACACCGAGGUCUCCGUCAGCCUCCUCUCCGUCAUCGUCACCUUCUGCGGCCUCGUCCUGCUGGGGGUCUCGCUCUUCGUCUCCUGGAAGCUCUGCUGGCUCCCCUGGCGCCACAAGGGGGGUCCCGGGGGGGUCCCCCAAAGGAAGGAGCCCCCCCAAACCCCCGGGGGGGUCCCUUUUGGGGACCCCCUGCCCGAGAGGGGGGACCCCGAGCCCCCCCCCGAGCGCUGCUACCUGGACAUGGGGCCCUGCCCUGAAAUCGGGGGGGGGUCCAGGGCUUUGGGGGGGGCCCCUCCCCCCGCCGGGACCCCCCUGCCCUGCCAGGGACCCCCCGAGUUUGGGGGGGAGGGCGGGGGAGGGGGAGGGGCUCUGCCCAGCGCCCCCUCCCAGCAGCUCGGGGGGGGGAUGGGAGGCAGCUCCUCGCUGCCCCCCGUCCCCGAGGAGGUCCCGGCUCUCCUGGGCCAGAUCCAGCCCGAGCUCUACGACGCCGCCGCCGACGGCCGCGGUGGCCCCGGGGCGGCCGGAGGUGACCCCGGCGACCCCUGCGGCCGCUCCGGCCCCUCCUGCGGCCGCCUCAGCGUCUCCCUGCGCUACUCCUACGGCUCCCAGCAGCUCCUGGUGCGCGUCCUCCGCGCCCGGGACCUCCCGGCCAAGGACUCCAACGGCUUCUCCGACCCCUACGUGAAGAUCUACCUGCUGCCCGACCGCAAGAAGAAGUUCCAGACCAAGGUCCUGCGCCGGACGCUGAACCCCGAGUGGGACGAGACCUUCAGCUUCGGGGUGCCCUUCGCCGAGCUGCCGGCGCGGCGGCUGCACUUCAGCGUCUACGACUUCGACCGCUUCUCCAGGCACGACCUGAUCGGGCAGGUGGUGCUGGACAAUCUGCUGGAGGCGGCCGAGGCCAGGCCGGAGGUGCCCAUCUGGAGGGACAUCCAGGAGGGGACGGGGGAGAAGGCGGAGCUGGGUGAGGUGAAUUUCUCUCUCUGUUACCUGCCCACGGCCGGGCGCCUCACGGUCACCGUCAUCCGCGCCUCCAACCUGCGCGCCAUGGACCUCACCGGCUACUCAGACCCCUACGUCAAGGCCUCUCUGAUGGCCGAGGGCCGGCGGCUGAAGAAGCGCAAGACGUCCAUCAAGAAGAACACCCUGAACCCCAACUACAACGAGGCGCUCGUCUUCGACGUCCCCCACGAGAGCGUGCACCACGUCAGCCUCACCAUCGCCGUCGUCGACUACGACUGCAUCGGGCACAACGAGGUGAUCGGGCUGUGCCGCGUGGGCAGCGACGCCGACGGCCCCGGCCGCGAGCACUGGGCGCAGAUGUUGGCGAACCCCCGCAAACCCAUCGAGCACUGGCACACCCUGGUGGAGGAGAAGGCUCUGACCAAGGCGACGCCGCGGGACAAACCGGCCCUGGGGGAGUCCCUGGGCCCCCAGUGA